AGAGAGAGAGAGAGAGAGAGAGAGAGAGACAUACUGGAUAAAGGCUACGACAAAAACCUUGAUGAUAAUGGAGUCGAGGCGGUGGAGGAUGUCGGAUUUACGAGGAAGGACUGUUGAAAUUUGACAGAGGGGGUCGCGUUCAAAUCUGAUGUCGAUUUUUUCUUUUUCCUUUUUUUGAGAAAAAAAAAAAAAAAAAAAAAAAAAUUGGGUUUGAUUUCCACACGCUGCGUGGACAUCCACAUUAAAGCUUAGCGGAGGGAAAAAGGGGAGCACCCCACGGAUGCCUCGGAAGGUAAAGACGGGGUCCACCGCUGGCGCUACAGGCAUCAUCAUCUAAUCUGACGGAUGGUAAUAAAGGACACCAUGAAGAUAGCUGUGGACUGAUGGAUGAGGAUGAAAAGCAGCUUUAACACCCCUCCCGACGACUGUGAAAUAAAGAAAAUCCUAUUCUGCUGGAUUUUUUUUUAAUCAUUAAUGGUGUAGCCCCAAGGAAACGAGCCUUAGACAGCAAUGUUGAAUCACUGGUCUUGGUAAAUUAUUCAUUAGUGCUAUAGGUAGGCUAGGAUUUUUGUUAUGCUUCGAUGUAGCAUCUCAUCCCAUUCAAUCUGACAAUGUUGAGUCUUGUGGGAUCACACACAUCAUUUUUGCAGGUUACAUUUUAUCGUGUGGUUAUGUAGGCCCAUGUAAUAGCCUUUAACAUCCACAAAAAGGAAUAGCCAAAGCGAGAGAAAAUGCUGUAAGAGAGCUUUGAUUCAGAGAAGGAAAAAAAAAAAAAAUAGAAGAUCUGAAGGUUGUUAAUUUGUCUGGGUUUUAAUGUUUUAUUUCAUGUUCUUUUAUAUUUUUCUUGUGAAAGUCUAAACAAGAGAAGGACGGGAUUGGAUAAAAAAAAAAUAUAUAUAUAUUUUAAAAAAUAAGAAAAAACAAAAAAACAACCAAACAUGUUGCCUUCCCAAGAAGCCUCCAAGAUCUACCAUGACAAUUACAUGCGCAACUCCCGGGCCAUCGGGGUGCUGUGGGCCAUCUUCACCAUCUGCUUCGCCAUCGUCAACGUGGUGGUGUUCAUCCAGCCCUACUGGAUCGGCGACAGCGUCAACACGCCGCAGCCCGGUUACUUCGGCCUGUUCCACUACUGCGUGGGCAGCGGGCCGUCGCCCAGCCGGGAGCUGACCUGCGUGGGCAGUUUCUCCGACUUCAGCUCCAUCCCGUCCGGAGCCUUCAAGGCCGCCGCCGUGUUCGUGCUGCUGUCCAUGGUGCUGAUCCUCAGCUGCAUCGCGUGUAUGGCGCUCUUCUUCUUCUGCAACACCUCCACCGUUUACAAGACCUGCGCCUGGAUGCAGCUGCUGUGCGGAGUGUGCCUGGUGCUGGGAUGCAUGAUCUUCCCCGACGGCUGGGAUGCUGAGGUCAUCCGGGACAUGUGUGGGGAGCAUGCGGGGAAGUACUCCCUGGGCGACUGCUCCGUCCGCUGGGCCUAUAUGCUGGCCAUCAUGGGCAUCCUGGACGCCCUCAUCCUCUCCUUCCUGGCCUUUGUCCUGGGCAACCGCCAGACAGACUUCUAUCUGGAUGAUUUGCAGACAGACAACAAAGAUUUUGCUGUUUCAAGGAUUGAGGUUCGAGAUCGAAGAGAACCGAGGUACGGAGUUCAACGCCUUCACUGAGUGAACGAUGGCACUGGGAAAACUAGUGCUUCCUCUCCUCUCCUCUCCUCUCCUCUCCUCUCCUCUCCUCUCCUCUCCUCUCCUCUCCUCUCCUCUCCUCUCCUCUCCUCUCCUCUCCUCUCCUCUCCAUCCAACUCUAUUGCUUUUCCUGUCUUUUCCCCUCUUCUCUCUUCUCUCCAAUGAUCAGGAUUUCACCCAAUCUCAAUGCAGACACCAAGUGUACAGGAUUCUGUAACAUAAAAAAAAAAACCAACAACAACAAAACACACUGGGAAAAACUAUAUUUUGAAAAAAGAAAA